AUGGCUCGUCAUCAAAUGGUUCCCGGAACUGAUAGCACUGAGUGCCAAAUGCUGAAACUCGCCAGAAAACGCCAGGCUCCUGAAGGCAAAGGGAAACAGGUCAAGCGAGUCAACAAGAGAGAGCAACAAGAACAACAACUGACACUGAAAUCCUACCGGAGGAGCGCACGUCUAAGCAGAAAAACCUCCUCUGCAUCUGACUCUCCCACCUGCACCCACACUCAAACACACACCCGAGAACAGAAUACGAAGCCAAAUCACAAACAAUCCUGUGAAGAUCAAGUCCCCCGCUUUUCAAAACAACCACGAUUGUCUAUCCAUAGCUCAGCUAUUGAAUAUCCUUUAGUGGAAAAGCAGUGUCACAUUAGCAACUGGAAGAAAGCUGACUUGAUUGAGUAUUGGUGCAAGACCAUUCACUGGCCUGAAGAAUAUUUUGAAGCCCAGUCUGGACAGACUGAAGAUAUGAACCACCUUCUCGCGAGAAAAAAAUCAUCAGCUUCCCUUCGUCACAGGAACUGGAUGUCAAGUCUUGCUACAGGCUCCAACUUGAUCACUGAUCAAGAGUCAAGGAAUGAAAAGAAUGCCAAGUACAGAAGCGCUACUUAUGAAACCCUCCUCGCUACUAAAGGCAGCUUCAUGCGCAAGUCAGAACUUGGAAUAACAGAUAAGAGCAAGCAGAUUUGUAAGGAUUUAGUGGAAAUCAAUCAACCUGUUUCCAAACACACACUAUUUCGAGAUAAUACAUUUGACGAGUUUUGUCAAAGGCUACAAGGAAAGAAUGAGUCAAGAGUUAUUCAAGAUAUAUCCCGAUUAAUUGUACCUUCGGCAGAAUCUCUCGCCGUUGACGGGGCCAAGAAUCUUAAACACUUGGUUGAAAGCGUCAAUGAACAGUGGAGCUCCUCCAUUGCCUUCUGUGGACCGCGUCCGCAGCCGGAUUAUGCGGCCGGGUUCGGCCGUUCUGCGUUCACGGAAGACCAGCUGAAGAAAUUCGAGCCGUUCCUUGGCUACGACCCAGAUACCUACAGCUCAUUCUUCCUGGCUACCUUCUACAUGUACUUCCCCUUCUUGACCAGUGAGGUGGAAGGCAACACCGCACUUGACAUCGCUGACCGGCAGAAUGCACACAGCAUGACCCUUGCUGUGAGGGGCGUCAUUGAGCUGUUUAAACUUGUAGGACGUGAAGAUGAGGUCAACCGCGAGAUCUUGGCUUUCUCGAUCUCACACGACAACAGGACAGUGAGAAUCUACGGCCAUUAUGCAGUCAUUGAGGGAAGCAAGACUUUCUUCUACCGUCACCCUAUCAGAACAUUUGACUUUACGGAGCUGGACGGCAGAGAGAAGUGGACCGCUUACACAUUUACAAGGAAUGUUUAUGAGAAGUGGGCGCCGGAUCAUCUGAAAAGGAUCCACUCAGCUAUUGAUGCGAUCCCUCCUGGAGUAAAUUUUGAUACUCCGUAG